AUGUCAAUUUAUACUACAAUUACUGCUUCAUUACCAUUUAUCGAAGUCGAUAUAAAUUUAAGCCCACAACAAAUGUCUAUGUUUAUCAAUGGUCUCAAAUAUGUUAAACCAUGUCAAAGUCAAUUUUCUUCUAAAUCUAUCGAACAACUUGUAUCUGAACAAUAUCAAAAAAAACGUGCAAAACGUGAAUACAAAAUCGUACAAAGUAUUCGACGUCUUUUACGUGACCGGUCAGAUAUUGUUAUACGUCGUACAGAUAAAAGCAAAGUAUUCUAUAUUGAUAAAGCAACUGAUUUUGCACGAAAAUCUGAAGAAUAUAUGUUAAAAACAAAAGCUUAUCAAGAAAUUACAAGUGGUCCUUGUCCUCUAUCAGAUAUGUUAUAUGCUGUACAAACAUUACUCUCUAGUCUUGUAGCACAGAAAGCUCUCAGCUUCCAACAAUAUAGUAAAAUAUCUCCAAAAUUAAACAAAUUGGAACUUGGUCAUUAUCAUGGCCUACCGAAACCACAUAAAGUUGGUACACCAUUACGACCUAUUAUUACCUGUAUACAUGCACCAACAACAUUGGUAUCGAAAUUUUUAAAUGAUCUAUUAGCACCUAUAUAUUUGAAUGUUGCUCGUGAAAUGACAUUUAUUAAUGGCAUUGAUGUGAUACGAAAACUGGAAAAAUAUAUUUUGGAUGCUCAUUUUCAGACAACAACAAAAUUUAUUAUAAUUGAUAUGACUGAUCUCUAUACAAUGAUACCUCGAGAAGGUACAUUACAUACAUUGAUGCGAUUUUUAGAAAAGAAUUCACAUCAUGGAAAAAUUGGUACAUUAUCCAUUGAUGCUAUUAUGAGAAUGGCUCGUUUAAUAUUAGAUACUAAUUGUUUUGCUUAUAACAACAAAUAUUAUCAACAAACUCGUGGUGGUGCUAUGCGCUCAGCAUUUACACAAGUAUUGGCUAAUAUCUAUAUGUUUGAAUGGGAGCAAGAUUUAAUCAAACAUCAAACAGUACACAAAGGAAUGUAUGGAAGAUACAUCGAUGAUAUAUUCAUGAUAACUAACCAAACCAUAGAUGAAAUUCAAACCGAACUCGAAAAAGCUGCCAAUAAAGAUAUUAAUAUUAAAAUUCACUAUGAAAUUGAUAUAUCAGUUAAUUUUUUGGAUGUUACUAUAACAAAUGAAAACGGUCAAUUAAAAACAUCUCUUUAUCACAAAAUAAUAACUGAACCUUAUAUAUUACCAUACACAUCCGAUCAUCCACGACAUGUUCAUCGUAAUAUACCAUUUGCUGCUUUAUUACGUGCUGCUCGAAUUUGUUCCGAUGUACACAACUUCAACAGGGAAUGCAUUCGUAUUAAUAUGUCACUAUUAUUAAAUAAUUAUCCACCAAAUUUCAUUAGAAAUCAAUUCAAUCGAUUCUUCCAAUCACCUACAUCAACAACUAUUGUAUCAAUCGACACGACGUGA